CUCCACUCUGGCUCUGUCUCUCUGGCUCGCUCGCUUGUUACCUCCUCGAACUCUUCUCAAUUUCUUACAAGAACCGUUACAAAACCGCCUCAUUACGCUCUCUAAAACGAACACUUUAUUCAGUCGUUUCAUUUCCACCCUUAGAUCCACUUCAACGGUUUUGAUUUCACCUCAAAUCUGAGAGACAAGUCACGGGAGUCACCCGUUCCUCUUAAACAGCCAAAGAAUUCACAUUGGAAAUGUGAAAGUAUGCAUGGAACUUGGUGGAAGUGUCGCACUUUUUGCAUCUUUAUAUGUUACUGGUUUUGGAUGAGACUUCUGAUUUAGAUUAGUAGAAUUAUGAACAGUUGUGUCAUGUAUGAAUAAAACAUCAUAGUGCUGUCUAAACUAUUAUCAAUCAUUCCCAGGUUGAGAAAAAGAUCAUCAAUUGAGAGGCAAAGCUGAAGCGAGAUUUGGAGUGGGAGAAGGGCCAGAAGUAGGUUUAGAUGAGGGAUUAGGGUGUCAACCUUUUAGGGCUAGAAGGUUUUAGAGAAUGUAGGAAGCUUGUUGUGUGUAAUAUACAAGCUAUUUUUGUAGAAAAUGCUUAUAUGCACAUACACAAUUCCUUUCAUUUGUAGCUUCUUUUUAAAGAACACAGAGAAAAUUAAAACGUAGAAAAGUAGAAAAUGAAUUUCACGGAACCUCAGACUGUGUUUCCCUUAGGAAUACCAGAUUGGAGUUGUCAUAUAGUCCAGAUAGACUUGCAUAAGUGGCAGGAAGUAGAGGGUGGAGUAGAAGUUACUACUUUCUUUUAGACCAACUCAAUAUUAGAUUCAGAAGAUAGGGGAAGAUAUAAUAUCGGCAAAUGUCAUGGUUCCUGGAAAGAUCUACAAUUCAGAAGAUUAAUAUGGAUCUGUAGAGUGACAAUUGUGAGAGUUGGAAGAUGGCCUUUUAUUCUGAGGAGGAGAAAACUGAGGAUUAUCUUUUUAAAAUUGUUCUGAUUGGUGAUUCUGCUGUUGGGAAAUCUAAUUUGCUUGCAAGAUUUGCUAGAGAUGAGUUCUACCCAAAUUCGAAAUCAACCAUAGGAGUAGAGUUCCAGACCCAAAAGAUGGAUAUUAACGGAAAGGAAAUUAAGGCACAAAUCUGGGAUACAGCAGGUCAGGAGCGAUUCAGGGCUGUUACAUCUGCAUAUUACCGAGGUGCAGUUGGAGCUCUUCUGGUCUAUGACAUUAGUAGACGACAGACAUUCGACAGCAUUGGCAGAUGGCUUAAUGAACUUCACACGCAUUCAGACAUGAAUGUAGUAACCAUACUAGUAGGCAACAAGUCAGAUCUCAAGGAGGCGAGGGAGGUAACAACUGCGGAAGGGAAGGCCUUGGCAGAGGCACAGGGCUUGUUUUUCAUGGAGACUUCAGCUCUAGAUUCCUUGAACGUUACAGCUGCUUUUCAAACCGUCGUCAAAGAGAUCUACAAUAUAUUAAGCCGGAAAGUUAUGAUAUCGCAAGAGCUGAAGAACAAGGAUUCCACCUCAUUGACAAAUGGAAAGACAGUGGUUUUACAAGGAGGGAAAAAUGAAUCAGCAGCAGCAGAAAAUGGGGAGCCUAGAAAGGCUGGAUGUUGUUCAACUUAACAUGUAACAAUCAGCUUAAAUUUGCUAGUGAAACUGAAAUUCAGCAAGCCCCCCCCACAUUUCUUCUUCUCCAUGGUUUCGAUCAGCUUCUUGAUCUUGUUGAAAUGUUAUUUAAUUUUUUUUUUCUUCUUUUUUUGGCUUGUUUUCUAUGGAUGAUUAAUGAUGGCUGAAGAAGGAUUAACAAAUGUAAAUUACCUCAAGGGAACUUCAAAACUAAUUAUAUCAUACAUUCCAUUUUAUACUUGUAUUUUUCUAUAUUA